AUGGGAAUUUCCACUCAGCUGGAAAGCAGCAAAUAUUCGCGGCUUGCCGCCCCAGGCUGGGUGGCGCCAUCAGCAGCUUGCGCAGGACACACAAGUCGGUUCACGCGCCGCAGCCCUCGGCCCCGGAAGAGCUGCGGCUGCGGAGCAGUGAACGCCUGCCUACCAGGGAAAAGCAGUCACCAGGAACGCGGCGUUUUGGUCGGCUGCCCAUCGCCAGCCCUGUCCGCGCGAGAUGCUCUGCUCCGAAGCUCCCGUGAGCUCCGCGGCCUGCGACUCCGGAAGGCGCAGCUCUUCCAGGAAGCAGCGGCGGCCCCACGGGCCCUCUCAGGCUGCGGAGAAAGGGCGGGAGGCCGCGGGGCUCUCCCGGACUCAGUGGUUUCGGAGAAACUCGACUUCCCAGGCUCGCAGGGCCAGUUUGGGAUUGUUACAGAACAAAACGUGGGCUGCAUAAAGUGCUCCGAAAUGGAGCAUCACCUUGAAGACUGGGCCCUUGGCUCUGUGACCCAGCAGACCCGAAAUUCCGAUCUAGCAAACUUUCAGCCUGACCCUAGGGAAAGGAUCGCUCCCAGACUGUGGGGGUGGAGGUGAUGGGACAAAGAUCUUAAAAUCCUGAAAAACAACCGUUAUUUUCAACUGAAUUUCUGCUAAGUGCAUUCAUUCAUAAGCACUACGUGCCUGGCGCUCUUCACGUGUAUUAACUAGUUUAAUUCCCACAACCCUAAGUAGGGGCUGUUAAUCUCACAAAGGCAGAGCCAUCAUUCAAAGCCAGGCAGUCUUGGCUCCAGCCUCUGUGGGCUUAACCGCUACCCGACGCCAAGCAGCUCCUAGGAGCCUGGCAGGGAGAGGCAUGGUGAGAACAGCAGACGAGGUCCCUCAAGUAGCUUGCAUUCUGGAAGUGAAGAAAGAUCGUGAACAAGUUUCAAAUUGAUAAAAUAAUUGUCAGUGGAGAUUCAUGCCAUAAAGGAAGUGAGUAAAAGGAAGAACUACUUUCAGUAAGAUGGUUUGGGAUGAAGUUUCUGUUCAUAAGGGCAGAAAUGGACUCUCUGACUUAAAGAGAAAAAACUAUGUUAAGAGUUUGGGGUAACCCACGGAAUUAUCAAGAUGUCUCAGAAUACAGACAAGAACAAAGGGAAGUUCGGCAGCCAAAAGUCCCUCCACUAAACCACUUUGAUGAGGACAAAACAGGUGAUACUGCUGAAAGCUAGACACCACAUCCUACUCCACAACCAACGCUGGAACUCCCCAGACACCCCGCUGGCUCUGCCGCCCCUAAACCGGAUGCGGCAGCCACCGCUGACCCUACAGCGUAUUCUCCACCACCCCAUUUCUUUGCAUUGCAUCAUCACCUCCUGAGUGUGCCUAAUCGGCACCCCGCUGCUUCUGAUGCAAAAUUCCAAGCUGUACUGGGCAAACGCGCAGCCUCUGGCACCAUUCCCAGUGCUGCUGAGCAUGCAGACCUGGACACAGUGGAGGGGGAGGGCUUGGUGGGGAGGGGGUCUUACAAUUCAUCCACUCUAUUGAAGGCCCCUCAAACACACACUACCCAGUUUGGCUGGUGCAGCCUUUUCUCUCCCCUCCCGAUAGCAUUUCAGCCUCUCUUCCAAUAAAAAAUAGUAGCUACUAA